AUGAGGUUGGUAUUUCUAAUUCUUUUAUGCAUAUCGUUAGCUUUAGCCAAGUCACCUACAGGUGGAUAUGCUCCAGGAAAUGUUACAUGUCCAUCCUCUGAGGUCAACUUCUUGAGGGAAGCCAAUUCUCUAUCAGUAGAUGAGAAGAAUUGGGUCAAAGAAAGGCAUAAGAAAACGCAGGUUGAACUAAAAACUUUCUUGAAAAAAACCAACUUGAAGAGUUUCGAUGUGGAGCAAUUCUUUAAAAAUUCCCUGCUGGUGAAUAUUGGUUUGGCAUUUAGUGGAGGCGGAUAUCGAGCUAUGUUGAAUGGAGCUGGACAUAUGGCUGCAUUGGAUAAAAGAACACGAGUAGGUAACUCCACAGGACUCGGAGGAAUCUUACAAGCAUCGACCUAUGUUGGUGCUUUAUCGGGAGGUGGCUACAUGCUUGGGUCACUUGUCAUGCAAGGAUGGCCAAGUGUUCAAGAUGUCGUCUUUCAAGAUGCCAAUGAUCUUUGGAAUUUAACUGACACCCGUCAAUUAGUCAAUCAGACCCAUCUCUAUACAUUAGGACUUUCAAUUUUGUUUGAUAAAUUAGACGGUGCUCUAGAACACCUUAAUUUUUGGGAUAACAACAAAAAUGGCAUAAAGUACGAUAUCCAAAAGAAGGAGGCUGCUGGUUUUGAAACAAGUGUCACGGACAUAUGGGGAAGAGGACUCGCUCAUCAACUUUAUGCCAAGGGAAAAGAUAAUUACAUGGCUUCAUCAACGUGGUCAGACAUUCGAAAUGAAAGCAGUUUUAAAAAUCAUGACAUGCCUUUUCCACUUCUUACUUCCCUUGGAAGAAAACCAGGGACAACUGUAUACAAUUUGAAUUCAAGUCUUUUUGAAAUAUCUCCAUUUGAGUUGGGGUCAUUUGAUUCACACGUCAAUGCGUUUACGGACAUAAAAUACCUUGGAACUAAAGUUGUAAAUGGCAAGCCACAGGACAAAUGCGUCGAAGGCUUCGAUAAUGCGGGAUUUAUUGUUGGGACCACAUCUUCAUUAUUCAAUCAGUUUUUGAACACUUUGGUAUGUGAAGACUGCAGCACGCUAAAUUGGAUCCUCAAGCCAAUAUUGAAACGGUUUUUAGACACAUUAUCUAACGAACAUGAAGACAUUGCAAGUUAUAAACCAAAUCCUUUUUACAAAUCAAACUACACAAAGUCUACAAACAUUUCAGAAAGCGAUACUCUUUUCUUAAUGGAUGGGGGUUUAGGUGGCGAGGUCUUACCCUUAAGCUCUAUGCUGGUGACUCAUAGAAAUUUAGACGUCCUUUUUGCAUUUGAGGAGACUCCAGAUACUCAAACAAACUGGCCAAAUGGUACAUCUUUGGUAUCAACGUAUGAGAAGCAGUUCACAAGUUUUGGUAGCUCCGUUGUUUUUCCAUAUGUUCCAGAUGCAACAUCAUUUUUGGAGCAAAAUUUGACUGCGAGACCAACUUUUUUUGGCUGUGACGCGUCCAACUUAACUGAUUUGAAGAAAGAUGGAGUGAUACCUCCGUUAGUGAUUUAUAUUGCGAAUCGUCCUUAUGAAUUUUACUCUAACGUUUCCACCUAUAAGCUCACGUUCACGGACGAAGAGAAAAAGGGUAUGAUACAGAACGGAUUUGAUAUCGCAACUAGGUUAAAUAAUACCAUAGACCAUGAGUGGGCCGCAUGUGUUGGAUGUGCGGUGGUAAGAAGGGAAGAAGAAAGAAGAGGCAUCAAACAGACUAGCCAAUGCCAACAAUGCUUCAAGAGAUAUUGUUGGGAUGGCAAGGUCUCAAUGAAUAAAAAGUUUGUGCCUCCAGUCAAUUUCACCGACAACGGCUUAACCAAUGGUUCGACUGUAUUUUAUGGUAAAUCGCUUAGCAAAUCGCUCAGUGCAUCGUUUGAACUAGCUAAAAGAACAGUAUUGCCCAACAGUGCACCAGCUGUACAAAUACCCUUAAUAAGUGCAAUUACACUUAGCAUUCUUUCUACCGUAUGGAUGUAA